UUUGUUUUGAUUCUUUGCAAUCGAAGUUAUGGAAUUUGGAAUUUCAUCGCCUAAAAUCUUUUACGCAUAGUACUGUUUUUACAAUGUUCACUAUAAACUUUUCAAGCCCGAAUUCUAUGUGUGGCUUGUGUUUGAGAACUGAAAUAACUACGAUCGACUCCCGGACAUCUAGCCAAUGUUACAGCGUUACGCUCUGCAGUAUGCUAGAUAUUUUCAAGCUGCCUGUCAAUUUUGCUGUUCCAUCUUCGUUUUGUGAAGAAUGUUCGAAACAGCUGCAAUCGGCUUACAGUUUUCAUCAAAGUUUUCUGCGAACGGUCGGCAGUACUCCACCGGAACUAGCACCACCAUCUGUUGAGACUUCACUCGUUGAUCAAGGUAUCUUCCAGAAGUUACUACACCCGUGUGAUACAUGUGACUUAAAUUUUGAGAACAAUCUCGCGCUACAACGCCAUCGGAAACUAGUUCAUGUUGGAAUAAUUUCCCACCACUACUAUUGCCAACAUUGCCACAAAACCUUUAAAACUAACCGUGGUUUGGAACAACACUCGACCUAUUGUCACAAAAGUGACGCCCAACAGUUCCGGUGCGAGCAAUGUUUGCGAGAUUUUACAACUAAGAUCAACUACAUCAACCAUCUCGCGUGUCACGUUGAUUUCCUAUGCAGAUUUUGCGAUUGCGGAUGGUUGACUGAAAAGAAACUACUGGAACACGUCAGGAAUGAUCAUAAAAAUCGACUUUUCGUAUGCAAGCGUUGCUCGAAGACAGAAGCACUAAGAAAAUCCUUAAACAGACAUUUAAGAUCAGCGCAUAACGUGCAGCAAAACGAGUACUAUUGUGGCCACUGCUCGAAUGAUUCUUCAUUCAAGGAUGUUGUCACAUUGAGCGAACAUUUUCAGAAAAAGCACAAAAGCCUAGAGGAUAAUGAUGGGGAUUACGCAAAACUUUUAAAUGAAACAUUCUUCGCUAAAGACAUUAUUCUAGAAUUCGAACCAGGUAAAUCGAAACAGGAAGACAAUAAAGACGAUUUUUUCAAACACUUGAACUUGAUGCGUAUCGCUGAAAGCUCUAUGUGUGGCGAUAAUCCUAAAGAAAAUAUUCUCAACCCCAAUAAGAUGAUCCUGGAAGAAUUCUUGGAUGAAGCUUUUGAAAAUGAUCAAAUCUGGACUAAAUACAUCGAAGGUGGGGAGGAAUACCUAAUCGAUAACUACGACUUUUAUUUAGAUGGCCAAACAACGGAAGGCAGCGCCAAAUAUAAAUGUCCUAGGUGUGACGAAGGCUUCGUGAAACAAGCGCUUCUAACUAUCCAUCUAGCCGAGAUGCAUCAUAUUGCCUGCAUAGUUUGCAACGAUUGCGGAGCGAAUUUCAACAAGCUACUAGAGUACAGAAAUCAUCGCCAGGAGCAUCUUAAAGACAAUGCUAGAUUUGUUGAAAAUAUUAUUCCCGAAGCAGAAGAAGCCUUAUCUCUAGUACGAAAAGAAGACAAAGAGUAUACGAUUUGUGAAAAAGGUUCCACCUAUGCAUAUACUUGUAAGCUUUGCGAUCGCACGUUCUUCAAGAAAUGCAAUCUUGAAAAACAUAAAUGCUCAUUCUACGCUCAAAUGGAAGCCCGUGAAGACGGGUCUUUUCCGAGUGCGAACUCAAUUCAGAGCAGCGAUCCCACACUACCAGAUAGUCUGUUCUGCACUCUAUGUGACAAGAAGUUCACCUCGAUAUCCGGUCUGAAAUACCACCUGAAAAGGCACACCGACAUCAAGGCUUUCACUUGCGUGUAUUGCAGCAAAAAAUUCACUGCCAAUUCGAACCUAAAUGCCCACAUACGCCAGAAGCACAGUGAAAGUAAAAGUUACGCUUGCCCGGAAUGUGAUCAGUCGUUUGCCUGUAAGGACCAUCUGACGAAGCACAUGCGCUCCAAGCAUCGUCAGGAACGGGCCUUUGCUUGUCCGGAAUGUCCAAAGCGCUACUUUCAAAAGUCGCAUCUUAAUGACCACGUGGCCGCGUCGCACAUGGGAUAUAAGGCGUUCGUGUGUGAGCUGUGUAGCACAUCCUAUAGCUGUCGAGGGUCACUGAGACGACAUGUGGCAAAAAAUCACAAGGAUCAAGUGAAAUAAAGAUUUUAAAACGGCACGAAAUUUGUUUUAUGCUUUAGUUAGGGGGAUGUUGAAUUUAGUUCAACGGGUUUCCGAAAUUAUGAUUCUCGACCGAAUACAAAUGAAUAAAUUACGGUCCGGUUGUUGAUAUAGCGAGAAUAUAAUUUUCGUAACUAGUUGGUAGAAUACAUAGUCCUCAUUAGAUUCCAUUUGUAUAACAGUUUAAGUUGCAUGUUAGUUUAGUAUGUUGUAUGUUAGUUUUCAUUUUGUUGAAACAAGGACCAUAGUUAGGAAUGCUAUUUUGCAGAAAACACCUAUUUUCAAUAUAACCACGCUUAUUACCGUUAAAUCUACUAUGAUUUCA